AUGUCUACCCUCCUGGCAUUCCCAGCGGGGUGGAUACCCAGAGCACACACUGUCAUAGCAUACACGGCAUUCUCGACAGCUCUAUUUGUGGGUUGGAUGAGUGGGUUGUGGAAGGAACUAUGUAUCAACUCCGUAGCUAAAUGGCCAGUGGAAUGGUUUCCAUCUGUUUCCGCAACUAUAGGAGACCAUGCACCUCCGAGAGCACCAUUCCAAAUCCUCAUAGCACUCUGUGCGACGCCCCGAUUUCUUUUGCUGCUCGUCCAAUGGCUCGUACAUCGUUAUCCACCUUCGAGACCACCUAAAUCAUCCGAACGUUAUCCCUUAGAUUCUGACUUGGACUCGGCAGGAUAUUCGUCAGCUAUAAAGGAUGCAGGAAUCAAAACUAGGUCCGCUGCUGCAAAGAUAGAGAAAGAAGUGGAGGAGGAAAUAUUGAAACCUGUAGAAGAAGCUUUGAGGGAUGAAAUUGGGAAUAGAACUUUGGUUGAUAUUGAGCUGUUCGUUGGGAUCGCAAGGACCUUCUGUUGCGGUGGAUGGGUUUAUAUCACGUCGAGAGAUCAUCACGACUUACAUGACUUGUUCAUGAUCCUAUACCUCCUUUUGACUCUACCUUGGAUGUUCCUCUCCACCCAGAAUUGCUCGAACACCAAGACGAGAAGCACCAGGAGAAUCCCAUUCUUCGGCUUUCUGGCUAUGGUUCCUCCCUUGAUCUGGUUUUACUACAAGCACUCAGUCAUGCGUAUACCAGGCGCCUAUACUUACUACUCGAUAUUCGAAUGGUCAUUGGUACUAUGGGACGUGGCUUUUGAUGCUUUAGCGGUACUGGAGCUAGGUCAUCUACAGAUAGCAAUCAUCGACACCACUCCAUCAUCUAGUACUAAGCACAUAGCAACUUCAAAUGGCACAUUCUACAUGCCUAAGAUACGGACCACCAGCUUUGCAAAAUUAAACAAAGAUGCAAAGGUAGAUUGGACAGCAGAGCUUCCUACACCUUCACCGAAAUGGCGUCAAGCAUUGGCCUUUGCAAGUGAUGUAUAUUGGGCUGUAUGUUUCUGGACGGUCUUUACCUCUCUUGGUCUCCAAUUAUUUUACUGGUCAAUUUGGAAACUUGCACUCGCGGGAUCGGAGUUGGCACUCCUAGCCAAUCUUUCUGGCUUCACCUUCUCAAUGCGAAAUACCUAUGAAUUCUGCACUUCCAAACAAGGCUUGUUAACACAUAGAAUCAUGACGGUAGUAUUUGGCAUGGGAUUUUACAUCUUCCCUUGGCCCAUUAUUAGGCUCGUGGGAAUUUUUAUAGGAGUUUGGACGGGCUGGCAAGCGCUUUUUGCGACUUGGGAGAGGCUGAAAGGUAGUGAGGAGAUAGUCGCUGAGGGACAGAUCCUGGGUUUAGGUCUCGUCAUCACGUUACUCAUCAAGUAUAUCAAUAAUUCUACGAACCCUCUUUGGGCUAUAUCGCAUCCGGCUUCUGGUGGAUGGAACAAGACUGGCUUGAUCCUAGCCGCAUUGGCCCUGUACGAGUACCACCAAAGACCCAUCGAUCUGCAUCCAGCUCCACCUUUGAACUGGUACAGUCGUAAAGAGCCCCAACCUCACACCCUAAUCAAGACUACGAGAUGGCAGGGGCUUUCGAUCACUGUCGGUUUCGGAGCUUUAAUUCACCUUAUUCAGACAUUCGUUACAGAUGCUGGUACGAUCAUUUCCUGGACAUGGACUGGAUAUCCUAUCAAAGGCCCAACACUCCAUCCUUUUGCUGGGAUCGUCAUUGCAGUUGCAUCUUUGGGCGUACUCCAUCAAUCUCGAAAAUUCCAUUAUCAUUUGACCGUCUUGGGUUUGAUUGGUGCGAUAGCUCUGUAUCGAUAUCCCGAUUGGAUAGAAUACAUCGGCGGUCUCUUACUUGUAUUCUACCUUCAAGCUAUAUUUCCAAGUUAUAUCAGGGUAUUAUCGGUUUUCGAGCCUGGCCCUACAUACGGUUAUGCUCUUGUCACGAACAUCAUACUAGAUGUUAUAUCUGUGGUCACUGCUGCGUACGCUUUCGUACCACUCGGAUGGAUCUUCAGGGAAAGGACCGAUCUUGUACUUGGAUUCUGUAUGGUAGCGACCGUUCUGGGAUGGUGGUCUACAAGGAAUAUAAAAUUACCUUCGAUAUCAGAAAUACCACCUAGGGCUCAAAGACGUAUUCAAUCGACAAAGAGAUAUACGAUCAUCUCAUCUGUUCUACUCAGUAUAGUCAGUAUAGGGUACUCAUACUCCAAGAUGCCCAGGGGUAAGCCUGUACCAUAUUAUCCGGAUCAUAAGAUCUUCAGCGGAGGGAUAUGGACUGUACAUUUUGGAUUGGACAAGGAAGGAAGGGAUAGCCAGUGGAGGAUGAUGCAGUUGAUCAAGGAGAUGCAGGUUGAUGUUUUGGGUUUGCUGGAAUCUGAUCUACAUCGUUUCGUAUAUGGAAAUAGAGAUUUGACUAGAGUGAUAUCCGAGGAACUAGGAUAUUACGUUGAUCUUGGACCUGGACCAAACAAACAUACAUGGGGAGCAGCUUUACUAUCGAAAUAUCCAAUAUUGAAUUCAACCCAUCACUUGUUGCCUUCACCUCAUGGGGAAUUGGCACCUGCCAUACAUGCCACGUUGGAUAUACAUGGACAGAAAGUGAAUGUGAUGGUCAGUCACAAUGGACAAGAGGAAGAUGCUUUAGACAGGGAAUUACAGACCACAGAAAUUGCCAGAUUACUCCGUGAGACCUCUGAUGCACCAACAGUGUUCUUGGGCUAUCUCGUAACUAGACCGGGGGAUUUCAGACCGUGGCCAUAUCAGAUAUUGAUGGAAGAUGGACAGAUGUGGGAUAUCGAAAUAGAAGAUAGAAGGAGAUGGUGUGAGUACAUCGCAUUUAGAGGAUUGUGGAGAAUCGGAUUUGCAAGAGUACAUGAGAGUGAUAUUAGCGAUACCGAGUUGCAAGUCGGUAAAUUCAUGUUACCCAAACCUGGACAUCCGGUACAUUACGAAUCGAAUAAAGAGAUGUAUUGGCAUAUAGGCGAGAGUGACAUCCCAGAACCAUGGCAUAUGCCCUCGAUGUUCCGCGGUAAUGGUACGAGAGGACAUAGAUAUGUAAUUUGGGAUGGACCAUUAUAUUACCUCCCACCUGAGAGAAGUGGAUUACAGAGGUACGGUCAAGGAUGGUCUAUCGAUCCGUAA